AUGGUUUCGAAAACACCUCAAGUGGCUGACUCAACGAUCACUCUACAAGCCGGGAAAUCGAAGCUUGUACUUUCAGUUACACAAGUGUUGCACUCCAGCCCCGACAUCACAGAGGUUGGCUCGAGCCUCGAGGAAGCCAAAGCAUUGAGACACACGCACGACGAACUCAUAUUGAAAUUCAACUCUAAAAAAUCGGAAGCUCUCUCCGCGGUCAGUCAAAGCAGCAAUGACGUGAAAAAAUCAGUGGAAGUAGCGUGGGAGGACGUGUUCAAGAGACUGGAAAGUAGGAAGUCCCUUCUGGAUCAAAGCGUUUCCUUUCACAACUCCGUACAACAGUUUUUGAAAAAGUUACAACAAGUGGAGGCCAAAUGUGUGGAUGUUCCUCUCUCGCAAGAUGUUGAAAGAGCCAGGAGGGAUUUGCAACAGCAUCAGGAACUCAAAAAAUUUGAUGCUUAUAAGCACUUAAUAACUCGCUACACAGCUGUUCUUGAGGCCUCCAUGAUGACCUUGCAAGAAGGUCAACAGCUUCUGGACAAGAUCAGGAAGGCAGCCCUUGAGACAAGCAGUGGCAGUGGCUGGAGUCAACAACGACACGCGACGACAUCAGGCUGUUACUACAUCGAACAACUUCUCAUCAAUUUGAGGUUUCGUAAGUUGAGGUUGGAUGAGCUGUGGAAUCAGAGGAGGAUACAGCUGGAACAGUGCGUGAAGUUUAUGAUCCUGAAGGAAGAUGUUGCCAAGAUCACAAAAUGGCUGGAAGACGUGGGGCUUCCAUUCUUAUCGAAUUCUGAGUUAGGAAACUCCCACGAUGCUGCUCUGAAGUUGCUACGUGAAUGCCAACAAGUUGAAGAACAAGCUAAUCCCUUCCCUCAAAAGUUGAAACAUCACCUCGGCUCCCUGGACUUCAUCUUCAGCGCUUGUCCGAUUCUGGCUGGAGACAUUGAUGCUCUGAAGGAUGUUGUUCAGAGCUUGGAAGGAAAGUUUGAUAACCUUCUGUCACAAAUCGAUACAAGGAGAAGGAACUUGGGACUGAGUGCUAGCUUCUACGAGCAUGCCAACAAUUCUACAGGAAGGUUGGAGGGCCUGAGACUUCUCCGCGAAAGUUUGGACAACACGACCAGCGCCACUUCGGGCAGUACGUGGAUCGAAGGGUGGAAGCAGCUGCAGCGAGGUCUCUACGACGCCACUGUGGCUUCGCUGCACGACGGACAUGUCCUCGUCAACAGGGUUGGAAGGGAUGACGCCAGUGUCGCCGCUUCUCUCGCUAAGUUAAACAGCAUAGAGGAUUCAGUGAGCAGAUUAUUGGCCAACCUGCCACAAGCACUCGCUGAUGAGGCCGGCAAGGAUCCAACACUUAAUAUAGAUGACAAGUUGUACAAGUUGAACUCCUGGUUGGUUCUCGUGGGUCAGGCAUCGGUCAACAAAUUUAGCAGGUUGACUGUCAACCUUCAUGACGUCAAUGAGUUCCUCGUACACCACAGAUCACUGGCCGAAGAAGUCAGAGCCAAACAAGCUGAAGCCAAACAACUGCUAACCAUGGCAAACGAACUGGUCAAACCUGUUACUCAGAAGGAAGGGGAGGAGCCAAAAAGUGACGUCACUAAUCAGCCAGCCUCUUCACUGGUGGAGCGAUGUGAAAAGUUGGAGAAACAUUUUGAUAAUUUCAGAGAAACACUGGAGAGAAGGAGCAAACUGGCUCUGUCGUUUAUUGUCCUGCAGAAGAGAGAGAGACAGCUUUCGGCCCAGCUGCAGCUUCUAGAAGAGCAGUUGAGAAGUCAAGUGGCAGACAGCUCAGUUGAUGACGUCACAGACGCCACCGUCAGACACAGAGAUAAUGCCGUAAAGAAGUUGACGUUCGAUCUCGGAGAGUUCGAUAAGAUUGGAAAGCAGUUUGUUGCUGAUGCCAUUGAAAUAAAAAAUCGAGACAGUCUGAGCGUUGAAUUCGUGACAAAUGCAGUCAGCUUAAUUUUGGCUAAUUUUGAAGAAAGAAAAAACAUUAUAACCAACCAUUUUAAAGGCUGGAAAAAAUAUGUGGAAGGUUUGAAAGAUUCCAAGACGAAGUGGAAGCAACUUUUGAUUGAUGGUAGAAAGACAAUUGAGUGGAUCAUAAAAGUGGAAGACAAUUUCUUUCCCAAGUUGGCUGGAGAGCUCGGAUCGUCUCUAGCAGAAGUUCAACAACAUCAAAAAAGAUUGGAAGAUUUCAAACACAUCAUUCAAAAAGUUCAGGACGAGACGGAGCAGCACUUGAAAUCUGCUGAACUGCUGUCGGCCAAGUAUGAAGACAACCACGGUAACAGGGAUUUCAUCGUCAACGAGUUGAUCAAGGCCCACUGCAGGUUCCAGGCUCGAAUUGUUGAGUACAAACAUCUGCUUGACGUUGCAAAGAAAUUUUUUGAAAACUUGAAUCAGUUGGAUACAUUGAUUGACAGCACGGAGAAGGAAUACACAGGCGAGCAGCUGCCUAGCAACGAACCUGACGCCAGGGAAGCACUGAGAAGCCACCACUGCAACCGCAACAAGUUGGCCUCCUUGUUUGAGGGCAGAAGUUUGGAGGCUGAUGACAUCAUCGUCCGAGUUCGGCAACAGGACGCUCAAGAAAUAGCGAAGGAUGAAAUUCGAAACAUUUUGCGUCAAUCAGAGCUGGAGAGGUCGCAAUGGGACUUACUCUGGACUGACCACAAAAACAAGUUGGAACAGGGACUGCUACUCUGUCAGUUCUAUUUUGACUUGAAACAGCUGCAGAACGAGUUGGACUUGAUGCAGAGGCAGUUGGACGCGAGACAAGGAUGUUACGGCAACACUGUGGCGUCCGUGCAAGCCAUCAUCCAGGCUUUCGUCCAACUAAAAUCCUUAGCAGAUGUGGUCGGCGGUCGCGUGACGGACUUCAUGGCGACAGCCGACAAGAUGAUCAAAGAUGGACACUAUGACUCGCGCCGCAUUCGACACGAGGUCGAUGAGACGAACAGGAAAUGGAAACAUUUUUACGACAGCCUCAGCAAGUUUAAACUGGCACUCGACGAGAACAUCACGUUCUACGAGCUGCACGAUAAGUGUGAGGGAUGGAUAAACGAAGCCGGUCAGUUCUUACUGACGAUCAGUAAAAAGGCUCCCAACUGCAAAACCUCGGAAGAUGUUGAGACGUUGAUCAAGUGCAUCGUGCAGUACAGGAGCGAGGGUGGUGGCCAGCAGGACGAGAGGCUAAAGAACAUGGAGGUUGUGGCUACUAAUCUCUAUGGAUCAGUAUUAGGACCAGAGAAGAUGUCUCACAUAUUGGAUAAGAACCAGGGCAUGUACAACGCAUUCAUCAAGGCCAUUGAGGAACUGAGGGUGCUCCAAAGGAACCUCGUCAACACUGAACACAUUCUGGCAAAUGUGGAAGCAGUCGUGGAGAAGAAGGCGCCCAAACAACCGAAGUUCGUACAACCUUUGCAGAAUGCUGAACUUGCUGAAGGACAAAGGUUCACUUUUGAGUGCAGAUUGGAAUGUGAUACGUUGUAUCCCCGCAUUGAAUGGUUCCGUGAUGACGAACCGUCUAAAGGCUUUCCAACAUCUUAUAAGGACGGACUGUGUCAGAUGACGAUCGAGGAGACGUUGAUAGCCGACACCGCCCAGUACACGUGCAAGUGCACUACAGAUGCCGGCACCGCACGAACGUCCGCCAAUCUCAAAGUCAAAGCGAGUCAGCCAAAAGUUGUGGCCCCAGAAUUGUUGAGACAUUUAAAGUCUGCAGAUGCACCGGAGGGUACUUCCCACAUUUUCGACUGCCACGUCACAGGGGUGCCCUUCCCUGAAAUCACGUGGUACAAGGACGAGGUGCCGAUCACCAGCAGCAACGAUUACGUCAUCACCUGCGAACAGGGUCGUUGCACGCUGAAAGUGAAGAAGUUGAGUAGGGACCUUCACAACGCCAAGUUUAAAUUCAAAGCCGUCAAUGAAGGUGGUGAAGUUGUCACAUCAGCCUCACUAAACGUUCUCACUGUCAGAAAGCCAGAAUUCACCAAACCACUGAGGGACCAGGCAGUUGAUGAGGGAAAGAGUGUGAAGCUGGAGUGUGGCUACCGGGGAGAACCUGCCCCUCAGAUUCAGUGGACAUUCAACGAUACUCCUAUAUUACCGAGUGCAUUGUUCAAGAUCACAAUAACGGAAACGACGACAUCCUUGGAAAUCAAAGAAAUCUUCUCCGAAGAUUGCGGAACCUACGCUGUUACGGCCAAGAAUCUUGGAGGGGAGGCCCAGACAACCUGUCUUGUGGCUCUCACAACGCAUGAAACUAAAGCUCAAAUUCUGCAGCAGAGAACGCCAGAAAAGCCAAGAUUCAUUUCUCCGCUGGUCGAUGGAGAGGCAAAGGAGGGUGACAGAGCCAGAUUCGAAUGCAUCGUCGUCGGGUACCCAACUCCUGAGAUUACGUGGUUCCACAAUGGCAAACCCAUCAGGCAGACAAAAGAUUUUGAUUUCACCUUCGACAUUUACAACGGCAAGUGUGUCCUUUUGAUCCACGAGUUGUACCUGGAAGACACUGGAGUGUACUUGUGCCAAGCCAAGAACGAACACGGUUCAGACACAACCGUCGCUAAAUUGCGCGUUCAUCCUGCUAACGAACCACCUGCAGCAUCCCCAGUCCAAGUAGCUCCAACGGCAGAAGUGGACGAAGUUCCUCCGAAAUUCACCCAACUCUUGAAAGAUAUUGAGGGCACGGAAGGUGAACUUGUGAGGUUUGAGUGCAGGGUCAUAGGUCAUCCAACGCCUGUCAUCAAAUGGUUUUUUGGUAGGAACCAGAUUGAAACUUCAAAAGAUUUCCAAAUAAGUUCUGAAAGAGAAGUGCAGAUACUGACGAUACCCUGCCUGCACAAACAUGACGCUGGCAACUACAUGGUCAAGGCCACCAAUAACGCCGUGGAAUCGUCCCAUUCCGUACAGACGGAUGCUCCCGUUCAAGCGGGUCACGUUCCACCGGAGAUCAUCAAAUCCUUCCACGACAUCCACGUCAGACCGGGGCAACCGUGCACAAUCGAAGUCGUCAUUGGGGGAUUUCCUAAACCUAAGAUCCAGUGGCUGUUCAACAACGAGCCGAUCACGAAUACGGUCUACAGGAUAGCCACGUUUGGUGAUGUCCACUCACUGCACAUACCUCAGGUGUAUGAUGAAGAUGUCGGAAGAUUCUCAGUCAUCGCUGAAAAUGAUGCAGCUUACAUGCAGUUGAAACACGACACUUCAAAUUGUUUAAUGAUAAUUUUUGAUAUCAAAUCAAAGAACUCAAUGAAACAUGGCUGUGCAGGUAAAGCCUGGUGUUCAGCGUUGUUGGUGGUCGUUGACUCUUCGCAACUCGUCGGCGAAGUUGAUUCGCCCCCCGAGACUCCUCAAACUGGACAAAGAGUCAUGGUGUCCAGUUACGGUCCUCCCCCUGUGGUCAAGCCAAAAAGGAUUCCUCCCCCUCAAGUGCCUGCCCCUCUACCUGAUCUUCCCCCAAAAAUAUUUGCUGGACUGAGAGAUCUAACUUCAGAAAUCGACAAACCAUUAGCCUUGGAAGCGAUAGUGGAAGGUCGGCCCGAACCACUAAUCACGUGGUACAAAAAUGUCCACGAGGAACUUUCGGAAAGUCCAAAUUAUGAGAUUUCUUGUCGUGAGGGCAGAGCCAGGCUGGUCAUUCUGAAACCGAAACUGACUGAUUCCGGGGAGUACACGUGCGUGGCUAAAAAUAAACUGGGCCAGCCAAGAUUUUUGGAGAAAUUACAGCCGUCAACAACUGCCAACGAGGGUCACCCGGUAAGGUUGGUUGUUUUCACGUCGGGCGAGCCUGCUCCUAAGAUUGUCUGGUUCAAGGACAGCGUUGAAAUCAAACCAUCCCCGGAUUUCGUUAUCACCGACGAAGGCAACAAACACACGCUGUUGAUCCCAGAGGCUUUUCCUGAUGAUUCCGGAAGGUACAGUGUCAAAGUUUUCAACAGCUGCGGCGAAGAAUUUUCCGAUACUGUCCUUACCGUAAAUCCUGCCCCCAAAAAGGCUCUUCAAGUUGCUCCGAAGUUCAUCAAGCCUCUGCACAACAGAAGCGCUCACGUUGAUCAGCGCGUUAUUUUGGAAUGCAUCGUGCCUGUUGAACUGCAACCAGAAAGAGUUGAAUGGUACCACAACGAACUACUUCUGACUCCGAGCAACCAACUUCGCAUGGAGUUCAGACCAGAGUCUGGCGUCUGCAUUCUCAUCAUUGAGAAGGUGAGGCCGGAAUCUCGCGGCAGAUACAUCUGCACAAUUGUUGUUAACGGAGUAUCAAAGUCUACCACAAUGGAUCUGGAAGUCAUUCUACCUCCAAUCAAAUUGGAAGAGAAGCCGCACUUCACGGAGCAUUUGAGGAACCAGAUUGCUGAUGAGGGCAGUGAGGUGCAACUCACUUGCCAAGUUAAGGGACAACCCAGGCCCAUCAUCACGUGGUAUCACAACGGCCACCUCAUCCGACCAUCUUCAAGACACGCCCAAAGGUUCAAUCCAGCUGACUGGACAGCCACAUUGAUCAUAAUUGCGGUGAACGUGAACGAUGCCGGCAUAUACACCUGCAGUGCUUCGAACGAGGUUGGACAGGAAUACACGUCAGCUGAGGUCAAGGUCAGAGUGAAGACUCCUCUCCCCAAAUAUGUUGCCCCACCUGAACCUGUUGAAACUGAAUUAUUUAAAUCCAGAGAAAUCGGUGGGGUGGCUGAACAGUACUUCAGACCCGUCUUCAAAAAAGUACCAGCAGACCUUAAUGUUCCUGAAGGUCACGUAGCCCGAUUUGAUUGUGUGGUCCUCGGAAGACCCACGCCCGAUGUUUAUUGGUUCAGAGAAGGCGUGCGAGUGUUUGAGGACCGCAUGCACAAGAUCGUCAUCAACGAAGAAGGAAUCAGUUCGAUUAUUUUUGAGGCUGUCAUGCUUGGGGACGCUGGCAUGUACCUGUGCAUCGCCAGGAACAGAGCUGGAGAAGAUAGAUUCAACGUUGCUCUAAACGUCUUGCCACGGCGCUCAUUGGCUCCGCCACGAUUCGGUUGUCGUCUGCCGAACCAGACAGUCCAACUUGGUCAGCCAGUAACAUUCACCGUUGAUGUUGAAGGGAUCCCUCAGCCAACGGUAACUUGGGAAAAAAAUGAUCAGCCAAUAACAAGUGGGGACAGAUAUAAAAUAGUCGGAGAUGGUUACAGAUCAACAUUGUACAUACCGUUUGUGACGAUUGAUGACAACGCCUGGUUUCAGUGCGUGGCUACAAGUUCAGGUGGAACAAGUGUCAACAAGUUCAGACUCACAGUUGAAGAUGAUAAAAAAGUUGCAGUAAGAAAGUCGGUGUCUCCAGGACCGCAGAGAUCCGUGAGCACUGGCAGGCCCUCCCCCGCCCCCAUCCAAUCAUCUCUCAUCUUUUCCCCAACUCAACAACUUCUGCAUUCAAAGAGAACUACAUCGGAAACUACAUUGAAAACCGUUCACACAGAUUUUAGCGGAAGAAUUAAAUUCAAAUCCCCGGAGAAUAAAUUAAAUAAUACAAUUCAAAUGGAAGGUACGAUGAAGAGUCCAAUAGAGGCGGUAGCAGCCCCGAAACUGAUUGAGCCAAUGAAGGACCAACUGCUGAACGACGGAGGCACCGCCCACUUUCGUUGCAGGAUCCACUCGCCAGCUGCCACCACUCACCAGUGGUACUACGAAAACUCUCCCCUCUCACACAACUGGAACGUUAAAUACAGGACAUUUGAGGAAGCAGACGGCUUGUACGGCUUGGAUAUUCACGACGUCACUGAAUUGGAUGCCGGCAUUUACAAAUGCGUCGUCGAGAACAAGGGAGGAGAGGUGACUUGCAUCGCUCAUUUGAGAGUUGGAGUCCAACCGACCAGCAAGAUAACAACAAGAGUGCACGCCACCCCAUCUCCAGUUCCUUUCAUUCAAGCUCCUCACAUCGUUCGUCCCAUGGUUGACUCUGAAGCUGAACUUGGAGGGCCUGCCACUUUUGAGGUUAUCUUCUCAGGGCCCCCCAUGUCCAAAGUGGAAUGGGUCUUGAAUGGAAGAAAAGUUUCAGAACAUGAUAACAAUUUUAAGAUACACCAAACGAGUAACACUGCCUCGCUUAGGAUUGAACGUGUGCAUGAAGGAUUGUCUGGCAAGGUGCAAUGUCUGGCCAGCAAUGAUAAUGGAAGUGUCGAGAGUACAGCAACUCUUCGAAUCAGAGGAGCUCGCAGUCCAUUCAUGCACAACCAGCAAGAACAGUAUCAACAACAAACUUAUUCAGUGAGCACAUCCAGUGCAAGACUCUCCAAGUCGCCUCUACCCUCCUCUUCCUCCUCCUCCUCUCACAACCCACAAUUCCUUGCCGCCCCACAGAUCGUCAAACACCUGGAAAACGUGAUUGCUAAGGACGGUUCACAGGUGAUCCUCUCAUGUUGCUACAAAGCGCAGGAGCCCGUCAGCAUCUCCUGGUUCCACAAUGAUAGAAACAUCGACAGCAGUCCUGAUUACGCCAUCAACAACGACAGAUCUCUCGGGAAAAGUGAUCUGGUCAUCGUUGAUUGCAUGCCGGAUGAUGCAGGAAUUUUCAAAUGCGUCGUUAGAAACAACCUCGGUCAGGCAGAAACUGUGAACAAACUUCAAGUAGAACCUCAAGAUCAGUCUCAUCACAACUUUUCAACAAUGUUUGUCGUGCGUGAUAACAAACCAUCGUCCACAAAUGCAUCAGAAGAAAUGAUAAAAGCGGAGAGUGUGAAAGUUGUAGGAGCCGCCAAAAAUCAGCCGAGUGCACUUGCAUCUGAAGGGGUCAUCAUACCAAGAUAUUCACCCAGAUACUACGAUGAUUCAACCCACGAGCCACAUCAGCCGCAACAAGUGCAUCAGUCAGCCAGCACCGACAACAAUGGAUCUCCGAUAUUCAUUCAACCAAUUCAACCGUGCGUCAUCGUCGAAGGAGAAACUUUGAACUUCACGGCUCAUGUUCACGGAUAUCCGGAACCAAAAGUUGAAUGGUUCAAGGACAAACAAGUCGUCUAUCCUGACUCUAGACACGCUGUGACUGCCGAGAAAUCUACAGGAAAGUACAGUCUGCGUGUAUUUGGAUGCUCACAGCUGUUUGACGCAGGUGUGUACUCCUGUCAAGUCUCCAACUUGAAUGGGAAGGCUACCUGCUCCGCCAACGCUGUUGUCGUUCGUAAGUGAAUACCUUUUGGAAUGUCUAAAUUGAUAUCGUCUUGUUUUGUUUCCGUUGGUUUUAUUAAUACAUGGUACAUAUUAGUCGGCCGGUUGGUCGGUUAGUUGUUAGUUAAAAUUCUUUUUCACACAUUUGGUUUACGAGACGUUUUUGCCAUUUUUAUUUAUUUUUAUUAAUUUUCGAAAUGAUUUUGGAAAUUAAUUUCUCGAUUGUAAGACAACCUAUCAAGUUAUUUUUUUCCCAAGAUUUCAUUUAAAAAUUUAACGGCGAAUCUUUCAACAAAUCAUUCAUAAACUUUAGUGAUUAUAUAUUCAUUAUUAUUAAAUUUUAUCACGAUGUCAUGAAUUGUUUUCUGCAGUUUUUAAUUUUUCUUCGCAAUUAUUAAUUUCGUAAAUGUUAUAGUUUGUCUAUAUGGUUUACUAUAAUAUUUCACCAGUGGUUCCAAGUUUUUAACGAUUUUCGGUUGAUAACAUACAAUUUAUAUUUUUUAUUUAUUUAUUAUUUUAAAAAAUUCAACAAAAACGAAAACCUUUUAUUGUGAAUUUUUCAUAAAGUUUGAUUAUUUUAUCAUUUUAUCAAAAACAUAUCUGCAUAUCACUGUCAACAUCAUUAUAACAUCAUAUGUGAUCACUUUAGUUUGUCGUUAACUCCGCUGUUACAGACUUAACUUGUUGCUUAGAUAUUUAAAAGAUGAUAUUGUCUAUCAGAAGUAGAUAGAUAGUAGUUGCUGUUUCAUUCGUUUAUGCUUGCAACCACACGAAACAUUGCUUACUAAAUCUCAUUUAGUCUUAACAAUGUUUUUAGUUUGUUUUCAGAUUCUCAUUAUUACGACGAUAGAUUAAAUUAACGUUUUACAACUUUUUAACGGAAUAAAAAUUUGGAACUACUG